AUGUUAUCUUCCUUAGCCUAUCGCAAUUGCAGAAUAUUUUUUAUUUUCUCAAAAUCGAAAAGUAUAAGACAAAAACAUUCCUUUUCUUUUUUUACAAAUCUCACAAAAAUAAGUUUUUAUUCAACAAACACUCAUGGAGGAAAUUAUCAUUUAUCAAUUUUACCAACAUCACGAAUAAGGACAUGGAUACAACUUUCCUCAUUCUACAUUGUAAAAAGAACAAUAGCUAGUUUAGAUACUCCAAAAGAGAUAGAACAAGCUGAAAGGUGGUUAAAAGGAUUUACAAAAGAAAAGAUUCCAAGAGAUUUGAUUGUAUUGAGCUUUGCACGGAGUAGUGGUCCUGGUGGACAAAACGUGAACAAAGUCAAUACAAAGGUCGAUAUGAGAUUUAAUUUAAAUAAAGCAACAUGGAUACCAGAAUAUGCUAGGAAAAAAAUAGCAAUUCAAGAAACAAAGCGACUCAAUAAAAAAGGAGAAUUGAUGAUUACUUCGGACAAAACUCGUUCACAAGUUAAAAAUGUUGAAGAUUGUGUUGACAAACUAUAUGAGAUUAUUUUGAAAGCUGCUGAAAUACCAAAAGCUCCAGACGAAGAAACUCUGAAAAGGAUUGAACAAUUCAGAAAGAAAGCUGAAAAUAAUAGAAGAAAAAUGGAAAAACAUCAUAGAUCCGAAAAGAAGUCAUCUCGUCGCAUUAAAGAUUAUGAUUAG